AUGCAUUUAUCCCUGGAUACCAUGAGCAUGGUGGACGACAGCUGCCUCUCGCCCAGCAACUUCCACGAGAUGGGCAAAGGUGGGGGCUUCGCUGCAGGGGGCCGCGUCCACAGCAUCGAUGUCAUUCUCGGUUUCAGCAAAGACCAGGACCCCCUGCUCAGUCCUGCUGGGGCCCCUGGACCCCAUAAAGUGGACAUAGAGGGCCUGGUGGAGUCCAAUGGGAAGCUGCAGGAACCCUCAUCACACCCGUCCUACAGCGGGCACCUGGUCUCUUUGAGAAAUGGCAGCACAGAGCAGCAGCAGUACCACGACACUGGCUUAUUCACAAAUAAGUGCGAUGACGAACUGAGUGAGGCGAGGAAGAGCGUCGACAGUGACGACGGCAAGUCUCCGGAGCUCUGCAAGGAAGAGCAGCCCAAGAAGAAGCACAGGCGCAACCGCACCACAUUCACCACUUACCAGCUGCAUGAGCUGGAGCGUGCCUUCGAGAAGUCCCACUACCCAGACGUGUACAGCCGAGAGGAGCUGGCCAUGAAGGUGAACCUGCCUGAGGUCCGAGUUCAGGUCUGGUUCCAGAACCGCAGAGCUAAGUGGCGUCGGCAGGAAAAAAUGGACGCCAGCACUAUGAAGCUCCACGACUCUCCCAUGCUGUCCUUCAACCGCCAAGCACCAGUUCACAGCAUGGGUCCGAUGGCCAACUCCCUCCCCUUGGACCCCUGGCUGACCUCUCCCCUGUCCAGUGCCACGCCGGUCCACAGCAUCCCCGGGUUCAUGGGUCCACCUCAAGGCCUCCAGCCCAGCUACCCCAGCCACGGCUUCCUCAACUCCAAUCCCCAUCCUCCUCAUCCUCAUCCUCACUCUCAUCCUCACUCUCAUCCGCACUCUCAUCCUCAUCCAUCCAUGGGUCAGGGGAUGCAGAGUAUGGCUCCGCCUCCUUACCAGUGUCAAGCACAGUACCCCGAGAAAUACCCUCUGGAGGACGUGGAGCAGCGCAGCUCGAGCAUCGCUGUACUGAGAAUGAAAGCAAAAGAACACAUCCAGUCUAUGGACAAGACCUGGCAACCCAUGUGACCAACAAACCUGGCAACCUGUGUGAGAGACACUGGGAAAAGGAGAUGAUUAAUAAAAACAAUUCUUGGGUAUCAGGGUGACAAACAUUGAGUACAGUGUUGGAAAGGUGUCACCCACAGAGCAGAUGAAAAGGAUUUUGAGCUCUGAAGACUUUGAGACGUUUAGUUUGAACUUUCUUAUAUUGUUUUUCAGUUUUUCUCAUCUCAAGGACAUGAAGCAGAGGAGUUACUGAUGCUUUGGGUGCUGUAAAUUGUCGGCAAAUGUCUUCUUCGUGGCAGUUUCUCAAAACGAAAUUUGCACCCUGCGCAAUUUUAUUUCCAUAUCAACCAUGUUUUAUAAGAAACUACAGACAUGCUCCACCUCAAUGGUCGACCCAUACUCAGUUUGUAUGCUGAUAUUGGCCGGUGGGGAAAUCAUACUUUGAACUUAUAUGUAAGACAUGUCAAAAUAUGAAAAUCUCCUAAACGAGGCACUGCUGUAGUUGUUUAAAUUCUUCUCAGCACUCUUUCUGAGAUCAUUUUCAACCCUCAGAUUGACUGAGUGGGACAACGCAUCACAUUCUGUCAUACCUUCUUUACUUUUCCCAUUUUCAUCAGCCAGUUUGUGUUUUUACUAAUUAAUCCAAUUGUCGAAUUUUCAUGGGUCAGCUGAUCAGAGUCUCUGCGAAUUUUGUGAAUGAACUUUCAGUCUCAUUUUAAUGCGAGAGCAGCUUUUUCAGGAAAAUCCACACACUGAGACACAUGACUGUGACUGCAAGUGAACUGUUGAUUUCUAGCAGCUAUUUGACUGGUUUUCAGUUCAUCUCCCACUUACAGUAUGGUUUAGGUAUUUGAACCUGAAGCUCAUAGAUACCCUGGUAUGACUGGAGGAAAAUGACAGCUCAUAGUUCUCAAUGUACAGGGACGCCAUUCACGGCGCCAUUAAGUCUAAAAAACAUAUUUGUGUGGCAGGAAACAAGAAUCAGAGAUCUGAUGCCUCCUUCUACAGAGGACCAGAGCUGCAGAUAAUAUACCAAAAAAAAAAGAAAAGAAACAAUCCUGCACGAUGAUAAUCUUUUUCUGCCGAGAUGCUUUAAUGAACGAGGGGAGGAAGGAAGGAAAAGAGGGAGGCUGGUGAGAGGAGCAACCCUCUUUUUUUUUGCUUGAGUGGCUGUUGGAGGAGAAAACCUGUUGGCAGUUCAGAGUUGGGUGGCUGCGUGUACGUGCGGGGCAGCAGAAAGAGCCCUGUGUGAUGCGUCACCCCACAUAGUUUCGUCUUUGUUCAGCACAAUUGAUCCAAGUGCAUCCUCUUUGUCUGAAAAUGAGGAGGGGGGGGUUGGAAACGGUCUCAGGCUGCACUAAAUAGGCCCUUGUAACCAUUUUUCAUGGAAAAUGGUUCUCUCUCAAUCACAGGAGGAGAAACAUGGAUCGUAGCUGCUACGCUCAUUAGUGACACUAUAUUGGUUGUGGACCAUCUGUUACAGACAUAACCUCUAAUUAUGCUCAAGGUACAGACACAGUUUGUUUCUUUUGAGCUCAAUGUAUCAGGAUGUUUAUGAUUCAGAGCGUCUCACAGAACUGAACAUGCCAAGAAAAGUUGAUCGGUAACUUUUUCGACUUGGAUUUGGAAGAGAAGGAGAGACUCCUUCAUCUUAAAGUGCAAUUUCAGAAUCCUCUUUAUUUUUGAUAUGUAUAGUUUUUAAAGGAGACCCAUUCCCCCCAUAAAUUCCCAUUAUAUGGUUGUGAUAUUUCACUUUAAUAUGAUUUGAAAAUUGUUCUGACGGGAAGUCGUGAAUGCAGCGACAAAGAAAACAACAUUUGGUCAUUUCUGGUUGAUUGAAAAGUCCUGUUUAGAGAGGGAAAACACAGCCUUACAUCGGCUGCUCAUGAUCAGUCAUCAUGUAGUUUGUUUGUUGUUUAUUGUUGUUUGUUAGUGAUGUUUAGACCCCCUGCUUGAAGAUGCCAGGACCCCGGAGGAAAUAAGGAUUACCUUGCACACUAAGAGCUUCUCUAGGAUGCUACAUAUGUGAUUUUUGGACAAAGAAUAAGCCAAAGUUUAGAUAAUGGACAAAACUGCACUAGAUCCCAGUUUUGAUUUGUUUUUUUUUAUGUGAAAAUGCACAGAAUAUUGUUUCCUAUGGUUGUUUUCUUACAUGUCGUAGUUAUAUCUGUCUUAGUGAUUUCAUUAUUUUCUUUCUUUUUGGAUUUUUUCUGGAUCAUCGAUGUCCAUAUUCUGGAAAGAAUGACAAUCUGAAAAUAAAUAUAGUUUGAUAGAA